GGGUCAAGCGCAGGCAUCCUAAAAGAUGACUACUCUUGGACUUGGCAACUGAACUCCUUCUGGUAUCGCAAAGAACCAAACAGGUCUAUGCGUGGCCUAUCGGCCUAUCGGAUUAACCUAAUCCAACCUAAAUGUGUUGUGAAUAUUUAAGCAGAAUUAUUCGUAAUUACCUCCACCUGUUGUAUCAUCUUUGGAAGCUUACCUAACUCCUUGCAGUCUCAUAUUUUCUGAUCUUAAGCCGUAAAGUUACUUUGUACCACAACGGAGAGCAGUUUGACAAUCUGCUGAAAAAAGCAAAGUGCUUACAAUAAUUUGUCGCGCACUGUAUUUACAUAUGUUUGCGUAUGCUGUGCGGAAGCGGCCUUCAAUCAUAAUUAUUCGCACUUUGUGCGAACGUGCAAACUUACAAACACACUUACGCAUACGCUGACGUUUAUGAUCACAUACAAAUACGUGGAAGAGUAAUAUUUGCAUGGCUGCAUAUACAUGUGUGUGUCUGUCCAUAUGCAUAUAUUUAAAACUGCACGCAUUUUGAUAAGCCCCGCGCGUGUGUGUGUGUGUUUAUGCUAUAUAAAGCCGCAAUAAUUUGUACUACUCACAAUCGUGUGGUGCAAAUAUUGAUAAGCUUGUAUAAAAUUAGCCCAACUCCCGUUAUCGUUGCUAUAAAAAGGCGAUCCACGCCAGGGAAGUGAUAUACAUCAACGCCGUUGAACAACAAAAAGGUUGAGUGCCAAAGUCAGGCCCAGUAAAUUCAACGCAAACGCAGUGUUCGAAGGAAAGCAGGCGUUUUCCAGGCGGUCAAGUCCAGAAACGUUUAAUAUAAGAAACAAAAGGAGUUCCACCAUGUACCACUUUAACAUCAAAGCAAUUGUACUCUUUUCGUUCGUGCUACUCCUCUCACUGCAAACGAUGACUGCACGGCCGCUCAGCUCCCACGAACACAAGUCAGCCAUACAGCAGCCUUACCGCGCUCUACUAAAGACGAGAGACCCUGACAUGGUCACUGAGUUCCCACACACCGUCGAUGAGCCAAUACUACACGAAUUGGACGCGGCUUUAAUGAAAUUGGCCAAUGUUUAUAUGCAGGCGCUUUUCUCUGGCACACACACGGCUGAGUUAGAGGCGGAGUUGGAUGCCUUGGAGCUGCGUUUCUACGAUUUGUUAGACUCGCUUUACAGGGAGGACCGUAUGUCGGAAUAUAUGAAAUAUGAGGCCGAGGUCACGCAUCAAAUGAUUAUCUACAACUUGCUAAAGAGACUCUUUGGGUACGCAAAGGAUGAUGCGGCUGCGUAGAAAGCUGAUGGAGUUGGUGGAGGCAAGAAAUGAAGAUCGCGUGAGCGCCAGAGUCAGCAGUAAUAGCAAUAAUGGGACUCACAAUGAUCAGCUCGCAACUCAGCUGACCUUUCUCGAAACAGUGGGGUAAAUGUGUCUGGCAAGGGAUCAAAUGGUGCAUUAAAUAGUUAGUGCUUAGUGCUUAUGAAUAUAGGGUUUUAAAUAUGUGUUGGCACUUGAAAGAGAUUUCAUUUAAAAGAUGCUUCAAUGGUAAGUCCAAGCAGUGAAAUUUCUCCAUAUGCAAGUAUUUUCAUAUAAAUCUUAAAGUUAUUGCUCCAGGAGGAUAUAAUGGUAUGUACUUAUUGCAGAGAUAUAAAUUGCGCAUAAAUAAAGAACUACUGAAAGAA